AUGUGGGCAAGCCUACAACGACGAUUCUCUGUCAUUGAUGAUACGAGAAUUCAUCAGCUACACUCUGACAUCGCGGCGUGCAAACAGAACGACGAUGAGGUGGAAGUGUAUUUUAGCAAACUCAGGAUCAUGUGGGAUGAUCUUGCGGAUUUUGAAAAAGGUUUCACGUGCUGUUGUACAACUGCAAAUUGUGAAUCCAUGGUGAAUUAUGAGAAGAUGCGGGAGAAGUUACGAGUGCAUCAAGUUCUCAUGGGUCUUGACAACUCUCUUAUUCAAGAAGAACGACACAUCAACGCCAUGCGCACUACCGAAGAUCGGACUCCGGUUGUUGGUUUCUCAGCAACGACGUCGGCUUCUUCCCAACAGUACCACUCUGUUUCUUCUGUUUCCUCUGCUCAGGCAUCGGCAUCUCGAUUUGUGAAGCGAACGACAGUGUGCUCUCACUGUGAUAAAUCUUCCGAUGGUCGUGGGAGCUUCGGUCGUGGCAGAGGAGCUUCGAACCAAGGGCGUGGACGUGGAGGUCGUGGAUCAGGUUUUCGUGCCUCACACACACAGCUUGGUGAUUCAUUUUCCUCAGUAGAUACAUCAUCUUCCGGGAUCCCAAACUUCACGACCGAUCAAUGGGCUACUCUGGAACAGUUUGUGAAGAAACAGGGUACUAAUACCAAACCUGCGGGUAAGACAGAAAAAUUACUUCUUUUUGGCAAAGAACGUCGCCAUGAUAUUAUCAUUGAUUCGGGUGCUUCCCAUCAUAUGACUGGAGAUUUAUACUUAAUUACCGAUGUUAUCACUAUUGCUCCAUGUCCUAUUGCUUUACCUAAUGGACAGAUCACUUGGGCAACCAAACAUGGCAGUUUGAAUCUUGGUGGUCGUCUUGUGCUGUCCAAAGUUUUCUUUGCAUCUUGUUUAACGAUCACACUCAUCUCGGUUGCUCAAUUGCUUCGUGAUGUUGCUGGUUUUGUCCUCUUUACUAAAAAAUUUUGUGUGAUACAGGACCUCGGUUCGAAGACUUUGAUUGGAGCGGGGAAGGAGCGUGACGGGGUUUAUCACUACGAGGGUGCUGUUGCAGUUCAGGCCGGGCAUAUGGGCACACUACAGACUCGGGAUUUAUGGCACCAUCGCAUGAGACAUCCGUCAUCUAGGGUGCUUUCAGUUUUAGGAUCUAUUGGUGGUUUUUCUAAUAGUGUAGGGUCUUUUGAACAAUCUUGUGGUGGACCCUAUAAAGAACCAUCAACGUGUGGAGCACGUUACUUUCUAACAAUAGUUGACGAUUGUUCUAGAGCUGUUUGGGCAGUUCUGUUGUUGGAAAAGAAAGAGGCGUCUCAGGCUUUGAAAACUUUCUGUAUGUUCACGGAACGACAAUUUAAUAAACAAGUGAAGACGGUCCGAUAA